AUGGCAAUGGCUUCCACCAUGAGCAGACACCAUCGUUUUUCCCAGAAGAUGCACCUAUCCACCAUCAGUCAGGUUGGAGCUAUUUACUAUCCGACUCUCGCAGCUAUUGGAAUUCCAGCCAAUCUGGUGACCGUAGUGAUUCUGUCUCAGGGAAACGUUGGUCUCACUAAAGGGAUCACCGGGUACCUGCUGGCCAUGGCAGUAGCCGAUCUACUGGCUCUCAUUACUGACGUGAUCUUCAAUCGGAUUAAUGACCUAUAUUUUCCAACAUGCUUCCUGGAUUACACUCCCCUCUGCAGCUUGAAAUUCGUCCUGGUUUAUGCGGCCUUGGACACUUCCGUCUGGUUAACAGUUGUGUUUACCUUUGAUCGAUUCGUUGCCAUUUGUUGUCAGCAGCUGAAAAGAAAAUACUGCACAGAGAAAACAGCUGCUGGGGUGAUAGGGGUCGUGGCCAUGCUGUUCUGUGCAAAAAAUGCUCGUUGGUACUUCACUUACCAACCCCUCUAUGUAAUCAAUAACGUGCCGUGGUUUUGUGAUGUGAAACUGAGCUUCUACGAUUCGGCUGCUUGGGUUACAUUUGAUUGGAUUGAUACAAUUUUAACACCAUGUGUCCCAUUCCUUCUGAUCUUGACCCUCAAUGUUCUGACGGUCAGACAUAUCGUGGUGGCCAGCAAAGCGCGUCAAGGCUUUCAGGCCCAAAGGAACGGCGACAACCGACACGACCCAGAGAUGCAGAACAGAAGAAAAUCAAUCAUAUUACUGUUUGCUGUCUCAGGCAGUUUCAUGCUGCUCUGGGCCACUCAUGUAGCAGUUUUCCUGUAUUGGCGCAUCACCCAAACAUACUCUUACGAAACUUUGGAAGAUCCAUUUUACAUCGCACUGGAAACAGGGUACAUGUUGCAGGUGUUGAGCUCUUGCACGAACACGUACAUUUAUGCAGUCACGCAAACCAAAUUCAGGGAGCAGUUAAAAAGCAUGGCGAAACGCCCUUUUGUGCUGGUUCACCAACUCAUUAAAUAA